AAUCCUGAACACAUUCGUGAAUACUUUUUUUAUUCAAACUUUGAAUUUUAACUGAAAUCGAAUAAUAUUGACAUACAAAAUUGCCCCUCAUAUUCACGUGAUAUUUUGUUUCUGCGGGACUGUGAAGAUGUCUGCCCCCAACGAGGAAACACAUGAGAGGCCUAAGGUCGGGGUAGGCGUGUUUGUGACAAGCCAGAACCACCCUGGAUGCGUUUUGCUCGGCAUCAGACAAGGCUCCACGGGGGAAGGAACGUAUGCGGUGCCAGGUGGACACUUGGAAUUCGGUGAGUCGUGGGAGAAGUGCGGUGCGAGAGAGGUGCUGGAGGAGACGGGGCUGUCUCUGAAGGGGGUGCGUUACUGCACCGUAGUCAACGGAGUGAAGAGAGAAGAGAAUUACCACUACAUAACGCUGUUCGUCAGGGGAGAGGUGGACCUCAGCUACAAGGCGGAACCAGAAAACACGGAGCCAACAAAAUGUCUAGGUUGGGAAUGGGUGGAAUGGGACAAGUUUCCUCCCUUAGAAAACCUCUUCUGUCCUCUGCGAGUGCUCCGAGACCAAAACUACAAUUUAUUCCAAGAAAGAAUGUUUACAGAGGUUUUCCGAGCCCUGGCGGAGUUUGCCGAAGAUAAUAAAAUGUCUGCCCCCAACGAGGAAACACAUGAGAGGCCUAGGGUCGGGGUAGGCGUGUUUGUGACAAGUCAGAACCACCCUGGAUGCGUUUUGCUCGGCAUCAGACAAGGCUCCACGGGGGUGGGAACGUAUGCGACACCAGGUGGACACUUGGAAUUCGGUGAGUCGUGGGAGGAGUGCGGCGCGAGAGAGGUGCUGGAGGAGACGGGGCUGUCACUGAAGGGGGUGCGUUACUGCACCGUAGUCAACGCGUUGAAAAGAGAAGAGAAUUACCACUACAUUACGCUGUUCGUCAGGGGAGAGGUGGACCUCAGCUACAAGGCGGAACCAGAAAACAUGGAACCAACAAAAUGUCUGGGUUGGGAAUGGGUGGAAUGGGACAAGUUUCCUCCCUUAGAAAACCUCUUCUGUCCUCUGCGAGUGCUCCGAAACCAAAACUACAAUUUAUUCCAAGAAAGCUGAUUUUCAGGCACAGUGGCCCACCAGACAGAAAUCCGCUGAAGUUUAGUCUCCGUUCCACCUAUGAAGUACGAGGGGCGUCCCAAAAGUAGUCGGCCUAACUAUAUUCUCGAUGUCCAAUGU